CGAAAAGUGUAUAGAAGACGAUGUAAGGAUAGAAAACAACGUGCUACUAGUAGCAUGGGGGAAUGUCGUUUUCGAGAGAUAAUCGUUUUCGAAAAGAUAAACCCCGAUAAUCUCUUUACACUUAUCCAAUUAUUCUUGAUAAGUACGCAGUAGAUCCCUAAGAAGGGAUCAGUGCAUUCGUGUAAAGGCGAGAACUUACAUCUCGGCUAUACUCCCAUAAGCCUCUCCGAAGUAAAAGUAUAGAUUCAAAUUCUAACGCUCGAAUCGCGAGGGCAAUUGAAAUAAUUGAAAUUUCGUCGACGCAGUGCUUAGUUCCACAGAAUUGCGCCCACCGACAUGUCGAAAACAACAGCAACAACAAUCUGCAUAAUCGCAGCCCUGACGUUUUCGCUGCUUUUGGACGAGACAGCGGCUUUGGAUCUGCUCUUGGGAAACCGCGAGCCAGGAGACAAACUCCUGCAGAAGAGCCGGAUGUACGACGCUAUUCGCGAUCCCGAAGGACCAGCUAUCUUGUGGAAGGUCUUGACGGGCGAUGGAAAAUCGACGAUCAGCCAAUUGGUGAUACGCGACAGGACGCAGGGCUGUGGCACGGUCGUACCCAUAAACGGUGGACCUGGCUCGAAAUUCGUCGUUCUUCAGCUCAUCUCGGCGAAGGAAAAUCCGUCGAGCUGGGAUUGUACUUCGGAUUACAGCGUCGAGAUUUACGGUUUAUAAAUGCAUCGAUAUUUGCUUUCUUUUAUAAUUAGAGGUCUGUACUCGUUGAGAAUUGAAAACAGGAUGUAUUGCGUAAGCGUCGAAGAUCGUUGCGACAUCUUUCGGUUGGCAUAGUGUACUCUGCUUGUUGAAAGGAUUUCUACCUUGUCUGCGCUGUGAACGCUGUACACGCGUAUGUCAAUAAAACAGAUAACUGCA